AGGAGUUGCUGAGUCAUUCACAUAGAGCAGAGGCAUACUUCAUCAAUAUAAAAUUCCUCUAUUUAUAUUCUUCUUGUCGUAACUGCUUCUUAAAAACAAUAACAUAAGUGUUGCUCGUGCUCGUACUAGUAGUUGCUGGAGGUGCCAUAUACGACUACGGUUUGAGAUACUAAGUACAAGGAUGGCGCGUGGCGACGAUGGCCUUCGCUCGCGGACAUCUCCCAGUGACGACAACGAUGAAGGGGAAACAAGUCCUCUGGUUAUGAGAUUUUACCAUCCUUGCUAAGGAAGAUUCGUAGCCUCUUCUUCUUAGGUUCAUGUUCAACCUUGUUGUUGGAGUUUAGAAAACAUUUGAACAGGAGCCACUACUUGUUCGUCCUCGAGUAUAAUGAUCUACGUGUACUAUUCCACCAGUGGUCUCUGGAACUCUCAUAUAGAUGGUCUCGAUCCCGAAGCACUCAGUGGACGUGUUUACCCUCGCGCCGUGGCAGAAGGUCGCUGCCUUUCUCUUCUUUCUCAUAGUCUUAUGGGAGUAUAUGUGAUUCUCUAUUAUGUAAUUUGUUUAUUACCUUGUUGCGCCGAUUAUGUUUGGUGUCCUCGUGGGUAGGAUUCCCUUGAGUUGUCUGAAGACGUCUUUCUCACCAAAGUAAUGGCGACGGUGGGUCUCUCAUGGGUCUCACCAGUAGCUAGGAGUAUUAUGUAGGUGACAAUAGUCUUCAGCAGCCACCGAUGUCCGCCUACGCUCAGGUGGACCCCAACCUAACCUAGUCUUUCCGUUAAUUUUGAGUAAGUACGAGGAUGCCACACGAAUAAAUCAUGAAUAUUCGUCACGUUCCUCCUUGCUUCAUACGUCGGAUGCAGCACGUUGCCGACUUAUGCGCCAGAUUGGGUUGUGGAUUGUCCGCCGUGGAGCUUCAUGGACUUGUCUACUGGCUCGUCGUGUGGUGCGUCGACCGAGAAAGAUGCUGACGGUGAUGAAACGAUUAUGGUUACAACUGACGAAUACUGAUGAACAGUAUUUUGUAUUUCGAUGACGGCCAAGUUGUAUCAGCAGGUUGAUCAUGAGUAGUGGGGGCGAGUAAGUAGUUUCAAAUGCAUGCUGCAAUAACGAAUAGUACUCGUCGUGAAGAACUCCUGUAUGUAGUGUUUCAUGGUCCCUUCUUCAACUUCUUGUUUUGGAAUCAAAUUACGGCUAUUUCGUGAUACACAGAAUAGGGGAUAUUUGGUGUCCUGCAGCAGUAAGCCGUAAAACGCUCUAACAUUACGAGCUCCAAGAGUGAAGAAAAUAGUGAUGACAACGAUGGACAAGAUGGAGGUAGUGGGAAUAAGGAGACCGUUGCGGGCGAGCUUAGUAACCCGGAUUCUAGUGUUCGGGAAGGUGGUGAACAAGGAGGGACAGAGAACAAGGACAGCGAAUAUGGUAGUAAACAACUGGGG